UCUGUAAUAACUUACAGAUCUAUGAGUGCAAUAACGGCUCUGUAAAUAAAAUUAGGUGUUGCUUGAACGCUCGGUAAAGUUACAGGCUCUGUAAAUUAUCGGCUACCGGACCUGUAAACUGCAGGGCCGGUAACAAAUGUACAAACUGUUUUUUAUGCAACCCGGCAUUAAUAUUGUUUUACAAAAACAAAUAUUGAUCAAUUGUUAGUAUUUAAAAGCUUAUUUUUAUUAUAAUUUUAUUAUACAAUUAGUGCACUAUUAAAAUUAUCUUUAAAUAGUUACAACAUGAUGUACAAAUCAAUUAUAGUACCUAAUGUGCAGUGUGCUAACUAAAACGUUUUGAUCUAGUUUUUCAAAAACUUGACAGCUUAGUUACAAUGAGAAGUAAGAAAGUGGUAAUAUUAUAUUUGAUUGUUAGUAUUGGGCCCCUCGUUAAUAUGUCAAUUGACCUAAAUAUUCAAAAGUAUAAAAAUAAUGGAAUACGGACAUCCGGCCGAAUCCAAACGGCCGACGGCUAUAUAGGCCGACAGUCAGAUAGCCGAAACUAUUUUAGCCGACAAGGUCAAAAGGCCGACACUACGAAAAGCCGACACUAAAAUAAAUUAAGUAUAAGCUAUACAUUUUCAAUUCGAUAACGUAGUGUUGUCUUUUGUUGUAAUAAUGUUAUCGAUAACUUAUCGAAAUUUAACGAUACCUAAUACCUAUAGCCUGUAUUUUGCCAUUAGUAUAUGUUUUAAUGACCAGUAAACAACAAUGUUGUUACGAACGUUUAUUCGAAGACCUAAUAUCAAUUUGUGAUGAUUUCGGUUUCGAUGUUUCACCAAAAUGUAUUAUAACAGAUUUCGAAAAAGCUGCAAUUAAUGCAGCUAAUAAAGUAUUUCCAGAAUGCCAACAAAAAGGGUGUUUUUUUCAUUUAGGCCAAAAUAUUGGGGUGUAUCGUAUAAUUGAGGAAAUGAGAAAAGAGCAACAACACGUUGUGGGUAAGAUAAGUUCACGAAUAAAAAUAUUCUACUAAUAUUACAAUAAAAUAUAAUUUAUUUAUACAUACAUUUUGAUUCCAGGGCAAAUUCAAAUUAUUUUAUCCGGACAAGCAAGGCCAAAACAAAGUUCAAAGUACGUAAAACGUCAAAACCAAAUUCAAACUAUUCUAAAUGAUAAAGAAAACAGAACAACCCUCGAGACAAUAAGAGGUAUUGCAUACAAUUUGCACUAUUAAUUUUUAUUUAUUAACAUUUAACUAUAUAACAUAAUUAUCAAUUAUAAUUUUAUAAACUAUUAGUAUUUUUUAUUUUUUAUGUAUAAAUAUCAAAUUUUUUAAUUUUUAAAACAUAUUAGGAAUAUAAAAUGUACUCAAUAAUAAUUUUAUUUUUAAGAAUAAGUAUCACCUAUAUAUAUAUAUCUGUGUGUGUGCAUAAUUUACCUAUCUCAACAUAAAAUUACUUAAUCGGCCAUUUAAUAUGUCGGCCUAAUGCGUGUCGGCCUAUAAAUUUGUCGGCCAUUUAGUAUGUCGGCCUAUUGCGUGUCAGCCAAAUGUCUGUCGACCAAAUGUCUGUCGGCCGAUUGUACCACACCCAAAAAUAAUGUAGGUAUAAGGACGAAAGAAUAAAAUAAUAUUGCGUUUACAUGUAAGUACCUGCCUAAGUACUAUUAUAUCAGCCAACUAAAAUAAUUACUCUGGUAAGGUAAGAUAUACUUAUAUAAUAUUAUAUAUGUGUACCUAUAUAGUAUAUACUGUAUAUUAUAUUAACACUCAAAUAUUGUAACCUAUAUAUAUAUAAUUACAUGACAGGUCGACACGUCGUUAAUUGAACGGAUAUAUUAUUUUGUUUGCGGUUGGAAUACAUUGUCUGGUCGACGUUCUCGCCGAUUGAUUGAUUGAUUGUCUCUAUACUGCACAACUAUUCAUCGUAUUUAUAACUCAUAUACAAACCAUCGCUUGUCGACUUGUCGUUGCUCUCAGAACCUAGUAAAAUCAACUGUUGCGUCGAGUGAUCACAUAACGCACCUCGCCGUCAUCAAUCGGCAUAACACCUGGCACAUUAGUUCAAAACCGAAACGAACGGGAAUUAAUAUUCUUACUUAUACUUUUAAAAACGAGUCCGUACUCUGUAUAUUAAUAGUUCGGAUUUUCGGAAACUGCACAUUAGAACGGAACGGAAUCGAAUUAAUAUCGGACAAGAAAGAUUUAACGGAUUUCGGAGUGUUCGUACGUGCUUAUAUUUUUAAAGAAUUCGGUUUUAAUCAAGUCGAACUUUCUGCUGUGAAUCACUGCGUUAUACUUACCCAAAAAUAAUUCUUAUUGCAGGUAUUUAAUUAUCAUGAAAAUAUAAAGUAACAAAUUUAUGUUUUAAUUUAAAGUUAAAAUUCUUAAAACGUUACAACACAACAACUAUUACAAUUUACAAUGGUCUAAAAUAGUGGUACCUACCACCUACGACUGUACGUACAACACAAUAUAACAACUUGUUAUUAACAAGUAACAACCGCAACUACAAACCAACACUUAAUCCUAACCUAUAUAUAUAUAUAUAUAUACGCGAACUCGGUGGAACUCUCAGGUGUGCGCAACUUAAACGUGUGCCCCCCACACUUAUAUGGCGACGACGUCCACGGUACGGGGCGGCGUGUUGAUGUGGCCGACGGCGUGUUUCUGGGGCGUAUGUGGCGUGUUUACCUUGGACAUGGCGUACAACCGGUUCGACCGAUGGUUCUCGGCGUCGGUGCUGGCGUCGGGCGUGCUGAACAUCGCCAUCACGCCGUGGAGCGUAUGCGUGCUGGACGGCUGGUGCGACGACCACCUGUCUACCACGUACCGGCGCCUGUACACCCGGUUGGUGGCGUUUACGUGCCUGCUGUCCCGGGCGACCGUCGUGUACAAGGUGCGCAGACAUCUGGCCGGUUUCAGGGGCCGGGAGGAGGCGUACGAACGGAGCUGGCCCACAUCCGGGGCGCACCGGCGCCGGUACCGGGCGUACGCGUCGUCCGUGGUCGCGGCGUACCUGGCCCUCGUCGUGCCCGUCAACCUCACGCGACUGUACCUGCUGUACCGGUACGAGGAGUACGGCGACUCAAUGCUGCUGCUGUUCUUCUUCAACAUGUACCUGCAGAACUGGAGCAUGUGCUGCUUGGAGACGCACUUCGCGCUCCUGUGCUUCGGCGUCUACCUAAAGUUCCGGGCCAUCAACGACGAGCUGUCGGCUGUCCGGUCGGACGUCAUGGUCAGCAAUAGGUAUCCGGUGGCGCUCCGGUCGUCGUCGCCGGCGUUAGUGGCCGCGACCACGUCCGUGUUGCAAGACCCGCGUGGCCGACCGAUGGAGACAGCCGUCGAGGAGCUCAGGCUCAGGCACGGGCUGACGCGUGAGUCGGUCGAACAGCUCAACAACAUGUUUGGUGGCCAACUGGCCCUGUCGCUCAUCACCCUGUGCAUCAUGAUACUGUUCGACAUCUACAACGAGGCAUUUCACGUGGGCGGCGGGAUUUCAAGAUCGAAAUUCAUCUUCGGCUGGAUUUUCCAAUACCUGUUUCGGUUCUUCGUGAUCGUCAUCACGGCACACAGCACCACCCAAGAGGGCUACAAAACUAAAGUGCUUGUAACAGAAAUAAAUAAUCGGCAUUUAAAUAACAAUACAAAAUAUGAGUUGCAAUUGUUUCUGAAACAAAUGAAUCACCAAUCCAUUGAUAUAACUGCGUGUGACUGUUUCACCUUAAACGGUCAUCUCGUCGCUUCGGCCAUUGCUGUCGGCACCACGUAUCUCUUCGUUUUAAUACAAUUUCACUCAGAAAUUACUCAAUUUACGGAUAACAAAAAAUCAUGAAUAUUUUUAGAACACAACAAAAAUUAUUAAUAUAAAAUUAUUAUAGA